UCCCGUGUCUCAGGCUGGGGAGCACCCAUGGGUGCUGCAUUGCCCUGAUGCCCCCAAUGAGGUGGCGAUGAGGUGAGGAAGUGGGUUUUUUUAUGGGUUCUAAAAAUACCUCCUGGACUCAAUUUUCCCCAAAUUAAGGAUGCUGGGGGUUGAUCCCGGUGCCCCCCCGGGGGUGUUCUGGGGGGUGUUCAAGCUUAGCUUGGAUUCCCUGAUGUCUAAUAUAGGGUUGAACCAGCAUAUCCUUAAUGAAAAGAAAAACGUGGGUUUUUUUCUCCUUCUUUCCCUUUUCCCUGCUGUUUGCAGGCUGAGGUGGGGGGGGGAUAAUUGGAAAAAAACCUAAUUUCCUCAGGAAGCAAAGUGAAAGCUUUGGCCAAAAAGCUGGGACUCCAGGAAUUUGGAGCUAUUGGUGCUGGGGGGGAGCUUCCUGGACCCCCCCCAGUGAGAGCAGGGAUUUGUGCCCCGAGCUGCAAGUUCCAGCCAUGUGCAAAGUGUGAAAAUAAGGGGAAAAAGUGAAAGGGGAUGGAAAAAAAUCCAUCAUCUAAGCCCCGAUUUCAGCAGCGAUAACAGCUCGCAGUGAAAGGGUUUUCGUCUCCUGGUUCCAGGGCACCGGGGGGAGGAUUUUGGGGCUGGAAACAGAGUUUUUUGGUCAACUGAGGAGGGAAACUGCCUUUUUCUUUUAACCCUUCCCCUUCCCCAGGUGGGUUUUGUGGCUACUGAAAUCCAGGCUGUGCUUUGGGACCCGGGGGGGGAGGAUGGGAUUCGGUGUUAACUCUGUGAGGGGAGGUUUGGGAAGGCCAGUAUUGGAAACAGGGCUGAGAACUGGUGCUCUCGGUGCAUGCUGAGUGGAAACUGAGGCACGGCUGUGCCAGGUUCAGAUCACCUCAGUGUCCCUUUGGGGACGAUGGCAGCGGGAUGGGGACAUCCAGUGCUUUACUACCCCGGAGCCGGUCAGGAUUUAGCUCCCCCGAGGAGGAGGCGGCUUUAGAGGGUGCAUAUUCCUUCCUCACUCUCCUUCCUCCUCCUCUUCCUCAACCCCGAGCCACUGAGCACCUCUGUUUGCCGAUCCCCUGUGCAGAUGUCGACCUACAAGCGGGCAACGCUGGACGAUGAAGACCCCCUGGACUCCAUUGGUGAUGGUGAUGGGUACCCCAACGGCUUCCAGGUGAACUUCCGCAGCUCGAGGAGCGCCCCGGGGUGCUGGGCUGAGCGGACGCGCGCCGAGAAGCAGCUCGUGGUGCUGGUGGGGGUGCUGGGGGCCGUGCUGGUGGCGUGUCUGCUGGGUCUCAUCUUCCAGUACAGAUCCCGGGUGCCGGCUGUGUGCCUGUCGGAAGCCUGCAUCUCCGUCACCAGCUCCAUCCUCAGCUCGCUGGACCGGGCGGUGAAUCCCUGCGAGGACUUCUUCAGCUACGCCUGCGGGGGCUGGAUCAAGGCCAACCCCCUCCCCGAUGGCCACUCGCGCUGGGGCACGUUCAACAACCUCUGGGAGCACAACCAGGCCAUCAUGAAGCAUCUGCUGGAAAACACCACGGCCAACGUGUCGAGCGAGGCGGAGCGCAAGGCGCAGCGUUACUACCAAGCUUGCAUGAACGAGAGCAAGAUCGAGGAGCUGCGUGCCACCCCGCUUGUGGAGCUCAUCCAAAAGCUGGGUGGCUGGAACAUCACAGGUCCAUGGGCCGGUGACAACUUCAACGCGACGCUGCGGGAGGUGACGGCGCAUUACCGCACCUCACCCUUCUUCUCCGUCUACGUCAGCGCCGACUCCAAGAACUCCAACAGCAACGUGAUCCAGGUGGAUCAGUCGGGGUUGGGCCUGCCAUCCCGGGAUUACUACCUCAACAAGACAGAGAAUGAGAAGGUGCUCGCCGGGUACCUGAACUACAUGGUGCAGUUGGGGAUGUUCUUGGGAGGCACUGAUGAGGAGUCAACUCGGCAGCAGAUGCAGCAGAUCUUGGACUUUGAGACGGCGUUGGCCAACAUCACCAUCCCACAGGAGAAGCACCGGGAUGAGGAGGUCAUCUACCAUAAAAUGACGGCUGGAGACCUAAAGGAGUUGGCACCAGCCGUGGACUGGAUGCCCUUCCUCAGCACGGUGUUCUACCCCGUGGAGCUCAAUGAAUCUGAGCCCGUCGUGGUCUAUGCCAAGGAGUACCUGGAGCAGGUCUCCGACCUCAUCCUGGCCACGGACAAAUGUCUCCUCAACAACUACAUGAUCUGGAACCUGGUGCGGAAAACCAGCCCCUUCCUCGACCAGCGCUUCCAGGAUGCUGAGGAAAAGUUCAUGGAAGUGAUGUAUGGGACGAAGAAGACCUGCCUCCCGCGCUGGAAGUUCUGCAUCAGUGACACUGACAACAACCUGGGCUUCGCCCUGGGGGCCAUGUUCGUCAAGGCCACCUUCGCCGAGGACAGCAAGCAAGUGGCAGAGGAAAUGAUUGCAGAGAUUAAAACAGCCUUUGAGGAAAGCCUGGAGAGCCUGCGGUGGAUGGAUGAAGAGACAAGGAAAUCAGCCAAAGAGAAGGCAGAUGCCAUCUACAACAUGAUUGGCUACCCUAAGUUCAUCAUGGACCCCAAGGAGCUGGAUAAAGUCUUUAAUGAUUACGAGGCCGUGUCCGACCUCUACUUUGAGAACGUCAUGCAGUUCUACAACUUCUCAGCCAGGGUCACCGCUGACCAGCUCCGGAAACCACCAAACCGGGACCAGUGGAGCAUGACACCCCCGACGGUCAAUGCGUACUACUCUCCCACCAAGAAUGAGAUUGUCUUCCCUGCUGGCAUCCUCCAGGCCCCUUUUUACACACGUGCAUCUCCCAAGUCACUGAAUUUUGGUGGGAUCGGUGUGGUCGUGGGCCAUGAGUUGACACAUGCCUUUGAUGAUCAAGGCCGGGAAUAUGACAAGGAUGGCAACCUGCGUCCCUGGUGGAAGAACUCCUCCGUGGAGGCCUUCAAGCGUCAGACAGCAUGCAUGGUGGAGCAGUACAGCAACUACACCGUCAAUGGAGAGGCUGUCAAUGGCAAGCACACCCUCGGGGAGAACAUCGCUGACAACGGGGGCCUCAAGGCAGCCUACCGGGCAUAUCAAAACUGGCUGAAAAAGAAUGGAGAAGAGGAAAUCCUCCCAACUCUCGGCCUCACCAACCACCAGCUCUUCUUCGUUGGCUUCGCACAGGUGUGGUGCUCGGUUCGCACGCCGGAGAGCUCGCACGAGGGGCUCAUCACCGACCCCCACAGCCCCUCGCGAUUCCGGGUCAUCGGCACUGUCUCCAACUCCCAGGAAUUCGCGGAGCAUUUCGGCUGCCCCCUUGGCUCCCCCAUGAACCCCCCCAAGAAAUGCGAGGUCUGGUGAUGGGCGAGUGCCUGGAGGGAACCGGCUGCUUCAUCCGAUGGCUGUACUUCCCAAGUCCUUUUGAGAGGCUCGAACCACUUCUCCACACAAGGAACUGCCCAGCUCUCAGCCGGAGUGGUGCCCGCAUUCCCGGGAUCAUCCGAGCUUCAUCCACUGUGAAAUUCCUUCAUCCCCUCGCUCGUUUGUGGAACGACUUCCACUUGGGGGUCUCUUCUUCCCCAUCAUGACCAGGCCAUGUGUCCAGGCACAUGUCCAUGGGCACUACCGUGCGUAGUGCCUCCAGCCUGAUCCACCAUCCUGGCAAAUUCCUCUUUUCUGGAGGCGAUAAAGGGAUCCCAUGGCGCAGGCAGGCUUGGCUGCGUGUCUGAAUGCACCUGAUGGACUUUCCUCUCUCCAAAGAUGCGCACAUGAGGAUGGAAAAUAUUUUAAGAUAUAUUUUUUUUGGGGGGGGGGAGGCAAAUAUCUCUAUUUUUUUCAUGCCUUGUGGAAUACACUGGAAAAUUUCAGGGAAAAUGCAUUUAAAAGCCUUUUUUUUUUUUUUUUUUUUUAAGUAAAAGAUGAGUAUAUUUAUUAAUUCUUUUUUACUCAGUGCAGCUGUAGGUGCAGCACCCUGUGGUGACAGUGACUGGUGACAGGCUCUUUGCUGGCGAAGCUGGAUGGGGCUGUGGAGGCAGCCACCAAGCCCCGGAUCCCGGUUUCUCUGGGAGGGACUGUCCUUGGAGGAUGCUGAUGGGGACAUUGGGGAUGGGGCUGGAGGAUGCUGCAGGGCACAGAGGCUCUGCUGCAGCUCCUGGGAUUAGCUUUAGUUUCAGAGGGAAAAGCUGGCGUGCCAAAGAUGUCACCAAGGUGGUGACUAUGGGUGAAGCACCCACAGCUCCCUCCUGUCCCCUCUGAAGCGAGCUCAGCCAUGAGUUCCUGCCCCAAACGCUUCCCCAGACAAGUGCAGGCAGCUCCUGCUGAUCCUUUGCUCUCUGCCGUGUCCGGCCUCUACGCUGAGAAACUGCAAACCCCAAAAUCACCCCCUUGCCCCUAACCCCCAUCCUUCCGUGGCCGGUUUGGCACCGGGAUGGGGGCGAGGGGCUUUCGUAAGGGUUAUUUUUAAUGCUCUUCUUGCAGUUUUAAGAGGAAACCACUGACAGUAGCUCAGGUGCUGCGUGUUGUCUCAUGGGGCACCUUCUUGCAAAGCUGUAGAGGGAUUUUUAAUAUUUAUAUGUAAAAGGAAGGAUGGGGAGGGAAUUUUUUGUAACUAUUUUUUCACCCUACAUGUGGGGCUUAUUGUAAUUGAAAUAAUAAAUACUUUUUACUGGG